AUGCCAGUUGUGAAACAUAUUGUGCAACCAGUGCUUAAGAAAGUUGUAGAACAUGAAGAACCAGCCAAUUACGACUUCGAAUAUGCAGUUCAUGAUGAUCACACAGGUGACAUCAAAGAACAUCACGAAUCAGCCAAAAAUGGAGCUGUUGAAGGAUACUACACUUUGAUCGAUGCUGACGGUUACCGAAGAAUUGUUCACUACACAGCUGAUGACGCUCAUGGCUUCGUCGCCGAAGUUCGUCGUGAAAAAAUCGAGGGACAUCAAGUCGUUAAGAACGUUCAACCAGUCGUUGUUAAGAAAGUCAUCGCCCAACCAGCUAUUGCUGUUCAGAAAUACGUCGCACCAGCUCCAGUUCAUCAAUAUUACUCAGCUCCUGAAACACAAUACUACAAGACAGAAGUUCAACAACCACAACAGUACUAUAAUGUUGUUGCUCCAGUGAAAGUCGCUGUCGCUCAACCAGUUGUCCAAAAAUACGUUGCUCCAGUUGUCACCAAAGUUGUUUCAUCAGCUCCAGCCUAUGACAACAACCACGAUUUCUCAUCGCACCAGGUAAAUAGAGAAACGAAAUUAAGCAUUCAAACAAUGAACAGUCACGAUGAAGAAGUUCUGCGAUUGAACAAGAAGAUUAAGCAAUUGAUAUGGCAAAAUGAACAAAACAUGUCACGUAGCAGUCAAUUAAUGUCUGAAAAUAUGCGGCUGUCGAUGACAGUCGAAGAGUUGAAACAGAUCAGCGCAACAUCAUCAUCGCUAAACGUUAAAUAUAAAUUGCAACUAGAGCAAGAGAUCAACGAGAAGGAAGCCUUGCAAGAAGCAAAUCACAGACUCAAAUCGAAAUUGAAUAAAUUAGCUGUCAAUUGCAAUGAAUUAAAUCAACGUGUCAAAGUGCUUGAAGCUAAUCUGAAGCGAAAACCAGCGAUAAGAAUAUCCCAGCCACAUGUCCAAGUCGUCGAAUCAGUCAGCAGCACAAUUCAAUUGGACAAUGCUGCAUUUAUUGACCUUCAAAAUCGUUUUGAUAAACUUGAAGCGGAGCACAAUGAAGCUCUGAAUGUAAUUGAUGAACUGGAAUUUGAACUCGGUGAUAUCGACUACCUUGAAUCGGAAACACAACGACUUAAACAAGAAAAUGCCGAGCUUAAGCAAUUACUACAAAACUCAUCAAACUCGCAAGAUGAAUCGACAGCCUAUGGGCAGGACGUGAACUCAACAAGCGAUAAUUUAAGAAAUUUGACACUGAAGUACAUCAAAUAUUUAAAAAAAAAUAUCAUAAUGGCAUCAAAAUUCAUUGCAUUGUUUGCUUUAAUCGCUGUUGCUUCAGCUCAGCAUUAUCACAAUGAUUACUAUCAACAGCAACCACAAUACCAUCAAUAUCAAGCACCAGCUUUGAUUAAAUCAGUUCAACCAGCUUUGAUCAAAUCAGUUCAACCAGCCCUUAUUAAAUCUUACCAACCAGCUGUUGUCAAGCAAAUCGUUCAACCAACUUACGUCAAGCAAGUUGCACAUGAAGAACCAGCCAACUAUGAAUUCAACUAUGAUGUUCAUGAUCCCCAUACCGGAGACAUCAAACAACAACAUGAACACGCUCAUGAUGGUGCUAUCCAAGGACAAUACUCAUUGAUCGAUGCUGACGGUUACCGUAGAAUUGUUGCCUACACUGCUGAUGAUCACCAUGGAUUCCAAGCUAAUGUUCGUCGUGAACCAGUUGAGGGACACAAAGUUGUCAAGACCGUCCAGAAAGUCAUCGCUCAACCAGCUAUUGCUGUCCAGAAAUACAUCCAACCAGCUCAACCUAUUGCUGUCCAAAAAUACAUCCAACCAGCUCAACAAUACGUUUCAGCUCCAGUUCAACAACAAUACUACUCAGCCCCAGCUCAAACUAAAUACACAGUUGCCCAACCAAUUGUCCAGAAAUACGUUUCUGCCCCAGUUGUCCAGAAAUACGUUUCUGCCCCAGUUGUGCAAAAAUAUGUUGCACCAGCACCACAAUACUACUCAGCACCAGCCCAAGUUAUCAAGACUGUUGCCCAACCAAUCAAAUACUCAACUUCUGAACAAUCAUCCCAUGUUUCCUUCCAUGGACCAUCAUCCCAAUACCAUUACUAA